GAGGAUGGUGGCAGACAUCAGCCACUGAACAGAGCAGAAGAGACCCUCCUGUCCAUGAUCCAGGGAGCAGACACCUGCAGCCGGCAGCAUCCUCAUCCUCCACAGCAGCACUCUCUGGACCAUGAGCUCCUGCCCAGUCUGAAAAAUUGAUGAUCCGUCACUCGUGAAGAGACGUGAAAUUUAAAAACCUCUAUACAUCACCAUUUCUUCAGAUAAAUUUGUCAUAAAUCCCUAGAGACUGGUGCUACCGGAUUUACUCAGCAUGACCACCCACGUGACGCUGGAAGAUGCGUUAUCUAACGUGGACCUACUGGAGGAGCUGCCCCUCCCUGACCAGCAGCCAUGCAUCGAGCCUCCGCCGUCCUCCAUAAUGUACCAGGCUAACUUUGAUACUAACUUUGAGGAUCGAAAUGCAUUUGUGACUGGUAUAGCUAGAUACAUAGAACAAGCUACUGUUCAUUCUAGCAUGAAUGAGAUGCUGGAGGAGGGACAGGAGUAUGCUGUUAUGUUGUAUACAUGGAGGAGCUGUUCUCGGGCCAUUCCACAAGUAAAGUGUAAUGAGCAGCCUAAUCGUGUGGAGAUAUAUGAGAAGACAGUAGAGGUAUUGGAACCAGAGGUCACAAAAUUAAUGAAGUUCAUGUAUUUUCAGCGUAAAGCAAUUGAGAGAUUCUGCAAUGAGGUAAAGCGUCUGUGUCAUGCUGAGCGCAGAAAGGACUUUGUGUCGGAGGCCUAUCUACUCACAUUAGGAAAGUUCAUCAAUAUGUUUGCUGUGCUGGAUGAGCUUAAAAACAUGAAGUGCAGUGUGAAGAAUGACCAUUCUGCAUAUAAACGUGCUGCCCAGUUCCUAAGAAAGAUGGCUGACCCACAGUCUAUCCAAGAGUCACAGAACCUCUCUAUGUUCUUGGCCAAUCAUAACAGGAUCACUCAGUGCCUGCACCAGCAGCUUGAGGUGAUUCCUGGUUAUGAAGAGCUCCUGGCCGAUAUCGUCAACAUCUGUGUGGACUACUAUGAGAACAAAAUGUACCUGACCCCAAGUGAGAAGCACAUGCUGCUAAAGGUGAUGGGUUUUGGACUGUACCUGAUGGAUGGAAACGUCAGUAACAUCUACAAGCUGGAUGCUAAGAAGAGGAUUAACCUGAGUAAAAUUGACAAAUUCUUUAAGCAGCUGCAGGUGGUCCCGCUCUUUGGAGACAUGCAGAUAGAGCUGGCCAGAUACAUUGAGACCAGUGCUCACUAUGAGGAGAACAAGUCAAAGUGGACCUGCACACAAAGCAGUAUCAGUCCCCAGUACAAUAUAUGUGAGCAGAUGGUACAGAUUCGAGACGACCACAUCCGCUUCAUCUCCGAGCUGGCACGCUACAGCAACAGUGAGGUUGUGACGGGCUCGGGUCUGGACAGCCAGAAGUCAGAUGAAGAGUACAGAGAGUUGUUUGACCUGGCACUCAGGGGUCUGCAGCUUCUAUCUAAGUGGAGCGCCCAUGUCAUGGAAGUGUAUUCCUGGAAGUUGGUUCAUCCGACAGACAAAUUCUGUAACAAGGACUGUCCAGGCACAGCAGAAGAAUAUGAGCGAGCUACAAGGUAUAACUACACCAGUGAGGAGAAGUUCGCCUUUGUGGAGGUGAUUGCCAUGGUAAAGGGUCUGCAAGUACUCAUGGGCCGGAUGGAAAGUGUAUUCAAUCAAGCAAUAAGAAAUACCAUAUACGCUGCCCUACAAGACUUUGCUCAGAGUACCCUACGAGAACCACUCCGCCAGGCUGUGCGCAAAAAGAAGAAUGUUCUGAUUAGUGUUUUGCAGGCGAUUCGGAAGACUAUCUGUGACUGGGAAGCAGGCCGUGAGCCCCCCAAUGACCCAUGUCUUAGAGGAGAGAAGGACCCCAAAGGUGGCUUUGACAUUAAAGUUCCUCGUAGGGCAGUAGGCCCCUCAAGCACACAGUUGUACAUGGUGCGCACAAUGCUGGAAUCCCUCAUAGCUGACAAGAGUGGCUCUAAAAAGACGUUACGUAGCAGCCUGGAUGGACCAAUCGUUCAAGCUAUAGAGGAGUUUCACAAGCACUCCUUCUUCUUCACUCACCUGCUCAACUUUAGUGAGGCGCUCCAGCAGUGUUGUGACCUGUCUCAGCUCUGGUUCCGAGAAUUCUUCCUGGAGCUCACCAUGGGACGACGCAUUCAGUUCCCCAUCGAGAUGUCCAUGCCUUGGAUUCUUACUGACCACAUCCUGGAGACCAAGGAACCUUCCAUGAUGGAAUAUGUUCUGUAUCCCCUGGACCUGUAUAAUGAUAGUGCCUAUUAUGCUUUAACAAAGUUCAAGAAACAGUUCCUCUAUGAUGAAAUUGAAGCUGAGGUGAAUUUGUGCUUUGACCAGUUUGUGUACAAGUUAUCAGACCAGAUCUUCGCCUACUACAAGGCCAUGUCCGGCAGUGUACUGCUGGAUAAACGUUUCCGGGCGGAAUGUAAGAACUAUGGAGUGAUCAUCCCAUACCCACCAUCCAAUCGCUACGAGACAUUGCUGAAGCAGAGACAUGUACAACUGUUAGGAAGAUCUAUUGACCUGAACAGGCUGAUCACUCAGAGAAUCUCAGCCGCUAUGUACAAAUCUUUGGAUCAGGCAAUCAGUCGCUUUGAGAGUGAAGAUCUUACAUCUAUUGUGGAACUGGAAUGGCUUCUGGACAUCAAUCGCCUGACACACAGACUACUUUCUAAGCACUUAACAUUGGACAGCUUUGACGCCAUGUUCCGAGAGGCCAAUCACAAUGUAUCUGCUCCAUAUGGAAGAAACACAUUGCACGUCUUUUGGGAGCUCAACUUUGACUUCUUGCCCAACUAUUGCUACAAUGGUUCAACCAAUCGGUUUGUCCGUACAGCUAUCCCUUUCACACAGGAGCCACAGAGAGACAAGCCAGCCAAUGUACAGCCUUAUUAUCUGUAUGGAUCAAAGCCUCUCAAUAUAGCCUACAGCCACAUAUAUAGUUCAUACAGAAAUUUUGUCGGUCCUCCACACUUCAAAACAAUCUGCCGCUUGCUGGGUUAUCAGGGGAUUGCUGUGGUGAUGGAGGAACUAUUGAAGAUCGUCAAAAGUCUGCUUCAGGGUACUAUAUUGCAGUAUGUGAAGACCCUCAUUGAGGUCAUGCCUAAAAUUUGUCGCCUGCCCCGCCAUGAGUACGGAUCUCCAGGCAUCCUGGAGUUCUUCCACCAUCAGCUGAAGGACAUCAUUGAGUAUGCUGAACUGAAGACAGAUGUCUUCCAGAGCCUGAGAGAAGUUGGUAACGCAGUGCUCUUCUGUCUGCUCAUUGAACAAGCUUUGUCCCAGGAAGAGGUAUGUGAUCUACUUCAUGCAGCACCAUUCCAGAACAUCCUUCCUCGUGUAUACAUCAAAGAGGGGGAACGUCUGGAGGUGAGGAUGAAGAGGCUUGAAUCCAAGUAUGCUCCACUGCAUCUUGUCCCACUGAUUGAGAGGCUGGGCACACCACAGCAAAUCGCCAUUGCCAGGGAAGGAGACCUACUGACCAAGGAGAGACUGUGCUGUGGUCUCUCCAUGUUUGAAGUUAUCCUGACGCGGAUACGCAGUUACCUGCAGGACCCUAUAUGGCGCGGCCCCCCACCUACUAAUGGAGUGAUGCACGUAGAUGAAUGUGUGGAGUUUCACCGUCUCUGGAGCGCCAUGCAGUUUGUUUACUCUAUUCCUGUAGGGACCAAUGAAUUCACAGCAGAACAAUGCUUUGGAGAUGGGUUGAAUUGGGCAGGUUGUGCCAUCAUUGUGCUACUCGGACAGCAACGCCGAUUCGAUCUCUUUGACUUCUGCUAUCACCUUCUGAAAGUCCAGAGGCAGGAUGGGAAGGAUGAAAUUAUUAAAAAUGUCCCACUGAAGAAAAUGGCAGACAGAAUACGAAAGUAUCAGAUCCUGAACAACGAAAUCUUUGCAGUCCUGAACAAAUACAUGAAAUCCGUGGAGAGCGACAGUUCCACGGUGGAACACGUACGAUGCUUCCAACCUCCCAUCCAUCAGUCACUGGCUACCACCUGCUGAAGGGGACGCUAACAAAACUUACUGGACAAUUUUGACAAAUUCUAUAAUGUUGUGGUGCAUGAUUGUCCUGUUUUUGCCGUACACCAUCAUGAUGCUAUGGAAACAACAGGACUUUACAGGAAGUAGCCAUGAAAAGGGGUGUUUAUUGACUAUCCCUCCUAUCAGGGUCUAUGGUGGUUAACUAUCAGUAAUGAAAUCACCUCCAGAGUUUGCCAAGGUCUCGUGACAACAGAGCAGUAUCGAUGGUUUUAUACUGGUUUGAACCAAGCUUAAAGUAUUUUUUUUAUCUAUUAAACAUUAGUCUGGUACUUCGAGGGAUUGUCCAUAAUUGUGCUAUAAAGCUACUGGAAAGGACUAUAGGAUGUGCUUACACUGUGUGGGACAUAGCAUAUGUACAAGGACCUAGUAGGUAAAGGGCCUCACCUUAUAGACAGCUUUCUUAAACUGCUCACAGUUACUGGUGAAUUGUUAUGGAGAUGUAAGGAAGUUCUUGCACAGGGUCCCAUUGCUGUUUGGCCAUUCCUGGUCUUACAGUCAUAUAGACCCCCAGAGACCGAGGAUCACAGCUGAGAGCACACGUGUUUGCCACCAGCAUGUCCAUAGAAGAGGAGUGUGUAUAUGGAAGUCUAUGUACCUACACUUUCCAAUCGACUUGCUGUGUGUAAACAUAUUAGCCAUGGUCCACAGGAUCUGCCCCCAAAUUACUAGGGGACAUGUAAACCUAAGCACAUCCUAGCUUUAGUCGUACAUUCAAGAGGACCCCUUUAAUGACCACUCAGUUAUAGUCUAACCACAGACUUGUUAACUGCCCUAUUUAUUGUGACUGUACAGUGUUGUGGUAACCUCAUCUGCGCUUGAAGAAUAUUUCGCCAACUUAUCUACUUAUACAUGUUAUUGGUGGGUUCAGUUUACCGGUGUGGGGCAGGGAGGCCGACCAAUGUCGUCCACUAACCGCUUGUCAAACACAGUCGUAUUGCUGAUAUAAUUUUUUUUAUUGUUUGAAUUAUUAACUGAAUUGUAUUCAUGUAUUGUGGUAACUUAAUUUUUAUAGUUUUUUUGGGGUCUUUUAUUUUGAGGAAAGGUCACCGUUACACGACAUAUUCCUUACGUUAAAUUAUUUUGCUUUCUCGCUUGUGAAUAAAAAGAAAGUUGAAUUCU